AUGAUACUUCACAGGACAACUGCGUUUUCGUUUACGUCGUCACAAGAUGAUAUCACCUCUGAAGCGACUCAAGAGACUGCCAAUGAAGCAGGAUCCGUAAUACUAGCAGAAUCUCCACUGAGUAUGCCAGAAUCGUCCCUGACUUUAGAACAGUCGCCAGCAUCUAUAAGGAACAUGCUGAGGAAUAGUAACGAGCCAAGAACACGAGAAUGCUUUGAAAUGAGUACCACAACUCCUGGCUCUGACUCUCCAGGGGUUUCCUCAUCGUUGAACACAUCUUUUCCACCCCAGGGUAGUAAAAAGACUGAACGAAAUCAAGAGAUCCACAUCCCUGUACUAAGAAAACCAUCAUGUGAACAGAUGCUGAAUAAAGUUACCAUGACAACGGGCGAGGCUACCUCAGGUCUUGGUGCACUCUACAAUGAAGCUGUUGUGACAGAAAAUCAAGAAACAAGGAAAUUCCAAGCACUGGGCUCCUUCAGAUUGAAGGAAAUUGUAAUCGGCCCAAUCCAAAGAGUGACCACUUCAGAAGGCUACUUUCAACCGGUGGACAACAAUAAUUUGCAAGCUGGUCCUGGAAAAGCUCGACUCUUUUCUCCCAAUCACCCCCGAGCUAAGCCGAGAGUUAAAAAAUCGAGCACAAGAGAUAGAGAAAAAGAUAUUUCAAAGCAACACAAGUUCACCCCAAGGCUGGGCCAGUCAAACACAGACAAGUUACAAAACAACCCGUUAUAUCAAAGAGAGGCGCCUAUUCAACACUGCUCCUGCGUCAGACCUGUUGACCAAUCAAAUCGCCUCAUUAGCCCUGCAGUGGGAACUCGCAUUGGUCACCAAAGCUAUCAAAACUGUCUUAAUAAUAAUAAGGAUAGAAGCACAACAGCUCCUUACAUUGUGGAGUCUCCAUACAUGCAGGUUCUCCAGAACACCAACUGGGAAGUGUCACGUGAUCACUUAUCCUUGUUUGAAAGGAUCGGUGGUGGUUCGUUUGGUGUGGAGGGGAGCUGUGUUUGACGUCGCAGGAGACA